AUGUCCCCUCUGUGCUCACUGCUGUUGGGCUUGGCCCUGGCGGCCGUCCCCGGCGUCCGAGGCGCCUGCCCGCAGCCCGCCGACCUCAAGAACGCCAACGGGACGCGCACGUGCGCCAAGCUCUACGACAAGAGCGACCCCUACUACGAGCGCUGCUGCGGCGGCGCCGAGAUGUCGGUGCAGCCGGGCACCGACCUGCCCUACCUGCCCUCUGGCUGGAGGAACGUCAUCUCGUCCCUCGUGGUGGGCCAGCGCUGCGAGCUCGUCGUGUGGUCCUCUCGCGGCAAGUCCGGCAAGACGCGCAAAUUCUCGUCCGGCACCUACCCGCGCCUGGAAGAGUACCGCCGCGGCAUCUUCGGGGACUGGUCCAACUCCAUCUCCUCGCUCUACUGCAGGUGCCCGCCCGCUGGCCCGCGCCCGUAG